UCAGUACAAGCAAAGGUACCGGGUACGACUUUGUCCUUUUCUGCAACAUUUAGGAAGGGGACAACAUCGCUGUCAAGUCACUAAGGCCCAAUUAAACAUAACCAAAAAGGGAACUACGUACCGAAAAUGUCUGCAAAUAAAAAUGGUGAUGGUGGAUGGAAGAGCUUUAUCUGGAAUUCAGAAAAGAAGGAAUUUUUAGGACGCACAGGCGCCAGUUGGUUUAAAAUCAUCACCUUCUAUGUAAUCUUCUAUGGCUGCUUGGCUGGAAUAUUCAUUGGCACCAUCCAGGCCUUGCUUUUGACUCUCAGCAACUACAAGCCCACAUACCAGGACAGGGUGGCACCCCCAGGUCUAUCACACAACCCGCGCUCGGAAAAAGCAGAAUUCACCUUCUCCAUGAGUGAUGAGAAAAGUUACAAGGCAUACGUAGAAAAUAUUGACAAGUUUCUGGUGCCGUACAGCAGUGAGAAACAGAUCGAUCAACAAAAGUUUGAGGAUUGUGGAGCUGUACCCAAAAGCUACACGGAUCGCGGAGAUCUGGAGAGUGCCUUCGGCAUCAGGAAGGCUUGCCGUUUCGAUAGGGAGAUCCUAAAAGACUGCUCAGGCUCUUCGGACAAAACCUAUGGCUUUGACGUAGGCAAACCCUGUCUCAUCGUUAAACUCAAUAGAAUUGUCAACUUCAGGCCUCGGGCUCCACCUAACAACGACAGUCUUCCGGCGGCAAUCCACACUAACUAUCAAGGCAAUCUGAUUCCAAUCCAUUGCUCAGCCAAGAGAGAUGAGGAAGCAGAUAAGCUCGGACCAGUCGAAUACUUCGGAAUGGGUUCUGGUUUCCCUCUCCAGUAUUAUCCUUACUACGGCAAGCUGCUACACCCGCAGUACCUCCAGCCUCUCGUGGCCAUCAAGUUUCAGAACAUCACCAAGGAUUUCGAGAUGCGCAUCGAGUGCAAAGUAUUCGGAGAAAACAUUGACUACAGCGAGAAAGACCGUUCUCAGGGACGCUUUGACAUCAAAAUGCUGAUCAAAUCAUGACCAUAGCUACGAAAGUAGCACCUUCCCUCUGCCCAUUUCAAAACGUGAUCAUUUAGACGCAUUCAAUUGGAUUAAAAAAAACAACAACCAACGUUCACAACAUACGGGACCUACACUUAAUCUGUAUGCUUUACACUAGCUUUCUCUGCAUGUCUAGGGUUAGAAUGUAAAUUACAGGAAGAGUAGCAAUAGCUAAGUAUUUAUUCUACUGUAAAUGAGAAUAUUCAGUGAGCCAUGGGACGUUCAUUUUAUUACUGUAAAUUGUAAUUCCACUACUGAUGUAGCGAGCAGUGUUUCUGUCCCCUGAGUAUUUCUUCCUAGUGUGGUCUCUUUAUGGAGUUUGCAGUGCAGCAGUUGCAUACAGUGGUCCUUUCCAAGCCAUGUUGUAAUUUCUGUUGUCUUAUGUGAGAAAGCCUUAGCGGUCCAAGGUGUGUUUGUGCGUAUGUGGUAGUACAUGUGAGAGUGAGUGAGAGCGUGUUCAUUUUUGUCUACUUAAAAACUGAAAAUACUGGCAUGGUACGCUCUGAACUCCCCGGAUCUGCGUGUAUGUGUGUAAGUGACUGCACUCCGUUAAAUUCUUUUUUCCUUUCUUUAUUUUUCGUUGAUUGUGGGGAAUAUGUUUGUACAUCACCUUUUGACGUUUCGUUUGAUUGUCUUGCAAUUUGGGAAAUUUGGGGCUAAUGACAAUUUUUGUGUAAGGCUUAUAUUCUUUUAAGUGUAGAACUGUGUGUCUAGCCUGGAGGACUGAAGUGGUCACCAUGGCAACUCAGUACUUUUACUUUUUUCUUCUGGAGACAUCAUGAUGUGUGGUGUUACUUUCUAAUGAAUGUUUUAGCCAUUUUCAUGGUGGAAGAAUUUUAUAUUUAUGCAGUUGUACAUUUUUAAUGUCAGCAGGAGAAAAUGUAAUAUGUUUGAAUCCAGAUACCAAAGUCACUGGUUAAAGGUUAGAAACCUAUCUGAUGCAAAGCAGUACCCCAUGUUAUAGGAUAUUUUGUUUGUGUACAAAAAAAUCUUAAAAUUCAAUGUUGUACAUCGGAACACUUGUCAAAAGAUUGUAAUGUUAUUUAAAUCUGGGUAAGACCUGAAAAAAUAAAUGGACAGACAACUGA